CCACAUUGCUGAGCAGCAGAUAAAACCCAAACCAGUUGAGAUUCAAUGUUCAAACCGGGAAUCCAACAAAAGAAAAGAGUUCAAACAGGGUAGCUUCCUUGGGCUUGUGGGGGAGACACCAUGAGUUUAGAUGCUUCAGCCCAUAUACGAGUCUAUUGCUACCCAGCUUGACUCAGUUGACCCUCUUCUUUUUCUUUUUCCUGUAAACAAUAACGAUGCACAUGCAUACACGAAGCUCGUGCCAUUAAAGAAUGGAAAAAAUGAGUCAGCCCACCUCGUAGUUUGAAUGAGUUAUCUACCAACGUCAAAGAUGCUACGUGUGAACGAAUAAUAAAAUAAAAAUUUCAGAGGACAUGACUCUCUCUUGUUUGUUUUUUCUUUCUCUCUGAAACCAUCACUUCCUAACGCCACUUGGUAUAUAAAAACAUACCUUGACAAGUAAACCUACACAAACUUCCACAAAACCAGACGGAGAAGAUGCCUGAAUACUGUGUAACUGGAGGAACAGGCUUCAUAGCUGCUUACUUAGUGAAAGCCUUGCUAGACAAGGGCCAUGUUGUCCGCACCACGGUUCGAAACCCAGAGGAUGGGGGGAAGGUGGGUUAUUUGUGGGAGUUUAAUGGAGCCAAUGAAAGGCUCAAGGUGUUGAAAGCUGAUUUGAUGGUGGAAGGAAGCUUUGAUGAGGCUGUACGAGGCGUCGAUGGAGUCUUCCACACUGCAUCACCCGUUCUUGUUCCAUACGACGACAAUGUUCAGGCAAAUUUGAUUGAUCCAUGUAUAAAGGGCACACUGAAUGUUCUGAAUUCAUGCUCAAAAGCACGUGUAAAACGGGUUGUGCUCACCUCUUCUUGCUCUUCAAUAAGAUAUCGUUACGAUGCCCAUCAGGCCUCUCCUCUCAACGAAUCACAUUGGAGUGAUGCUGAGUACUGCAAACACUACAACCUCUGGUAUGCUUAUGCAAAAACUACAGCAGAGAAGGAGGCCUGGAGAAUUGCUGGGGAGAGCGGAAUGGAUCUCGUUGUGGUGAAUCCGUCGUUCGUGGUUGGUCCUCUGCUAGCACCACAACCAACCAGCACUCUAUAUAUGAUACUGGCUAUACUGAAAGGUUCAAGAGGGGAGUACCCGAACACGACAGUAGGAUUUGUGCACAUAGAUGAUGUGGUAGCUGCGCACAUUUUAGCAAUGGAGGAAAGCAAAGCGUCGGGAAGGCUGAUAUGUUCGAGCUCGGUUGCCCACUGGUCGGAGAUCAUUGAGAUGCUGAGGGCCAAAUAUCCAUCCUAUCCAUAUGAAAACAAGUGUAGCAGCAUGGAAGGAGACAGUAAUCCACAUAGCAUGGAUACCAGUAAAAUUGCUCAACUGGGAUUUCCACCUUUCAAAACGCUUGAAACAAUGUUCGAUGACUGCAUCACUAGUUUCCAACAGAAAGGAUUUCUAUGAAAGAAUCGCACAAGGCUUUGCUUUUGAGUGCGUUCCAAGUUUCGUUUUUAGAUAUAGUUUGAGCUUUCAUCCUUGCACCCGAGCCCUAAGUUCGAUUUUUCCCUCCUUCAGUAUCACUAUAAAUAUUAUGUGUGGAAUGAGCAAGGGUGAUAAAGCAGGAUCUCCAUCCUUAUUUGUGUUUUGUUAUGUUCUUCUUUUCCUUUGAUUUCAAUUAAUCAAAAGGAAAGAGACAUUCCUCGCUUUGAUUUCAAUCCAAAGAGAACCGUUAAUCACGGUUUCUUCUUGUUUAGUCA